AGCGAGGGGGCGGAGGGGUGGGGGGGCUGUGGGGAGUGGGAGGUGGGGAAAUGUCUCUAUUUAAAUAACCCCUAGUUUCCCCUGUUAACCAUCUUCGCUCAUUUCUUCAGCUUCCCCUGUCCCUUUCUCCAUUUCUCAAACUUUAUGGAAUUCCUUAUUGACUCUACCAAAAACACAGAGAACAUAUGCAACUGAAAUACUUAGGUGCAAGAAAAAGCUAUCAAUGGAGGAGAUAACGUCCCAAUGUUCUUCAUCCUCCUUUAUGUCGUUUUGUCAAGAUUCCUCUCCCCCACUCCAACAACGACUCCAGUUCAUCCUCCAAAGCCGGCCUGAAUGGUGGGUCUACGCUAUAUUCUGGCAGGCGUCCAAGGAUUCCACUGGCCGCCUUGUUUUAUCAUGGGGCGAUGGUCAUUUCCGUGGAACCAAAGAAUUUGCAGCCAAAGUUUGCAACAAGCAGAACCAACACAAAUUUGGGUUCAAUCUUGAAAGAAAGUUGACUGACAAAGAGUCUCAAAUCCUUUUCACUGAUGAUAUGGACAUGGACAGAUUGGCAGACGUGAAUGUUAUUGACUAUGAAUGGUUUUAUACAGUAUCAGUGACUAGAUCUUUCACUGUUGAGGAUGGAAUUCUUGGCAGGACAUUUGGAUCCGGAGCUUUUAUUUGGUUGACGGGAAACCAUCAGCUACAGAUGUACGAGUGUGAGAGAGUUAAAGAGGCUAGUAUGCAUGGAAUACAGACAUUGACCUGUGUUUCAACCUCUUGCGGAGUUGUUGAAUUGGGUUCCUCGGAUUCGAUCGAUAAAGAUUGGAGCCUAGUGCAACUCUGCAAAUCGCUCUUCGGGGGAGACUCAGCCUGUUUGGUCUCAAGGGAGCCAAGCCAUGAGUCUCAGCUUCAGAUUCCUAAUACUUCUUUCCUUGAUAUUGGCAUGUUUUCAGCUUCUCAGAAGGAGACCUCUACAGAGAAGCACAAUGAAUACGACAAAAAGAAAGAUGCCACUGGUCAAGGUCGGUCAUCAUCUGACUCUGCACGUUCUGAUUCUGAUGGAAAUUUUGUUGCUGGGAGUUCUGAUCGGUUCAAGAAAAAAGGAAGAAAGCAACUAAACGGCAAAGAAUUGCCUCUGAACCACGUUGAAGCAGAGAGGCAGCGCAGAGAAAGGCUGAAUCAUCGAUUCUAUGCACUACGAUCUGUAGUUCCUAAUGUGUCAAAGAUGGAUAAAGCAUCUCUACUAGCAGAUGCUGUUACUUACAUCGAGGAGCUCAAGGCCAAAGUUGAUGAAUUGGAGUCCAAACUACAAGCAGUAUCCAAGAAAUGCAAGAGCAUAAACGUCACAGACAAUCAAAGCACAGAUUCCAUGAUUGAUCACACCAGGUGUUCUUCAAGUUACAAAGUCAAGUCAAUGGAAUUGGAUGUGAAAAUUGUAGGAUCAGAAGCCAUGAUAAGAUUCCUUUCCCCAGAUGUUAAUUACCCAGGUGCGAGGUUGAUGGAAGUGCUUAAAGAAGUAGAGUUCAAAGUUCAUCACGCAAGCAUGUCAAGCAUCAAGGAGAUGGUGCUUCAAGAUGUUGUGGCUAGAGUUCCAGAUGGACUCACAAAUGAAGAUGUUGUGAGAAGUGCUAUUCUUCAAAGAAUGCAAAACUAAGCUACAGCUACUAGCAUAAAAUGUGGUCAACGUGUGUUCGUUUUUCGUUUUCCUCGAAUAAUUUGCACCUGCGUCUGUUAUGCGUGCCUCUCUAUGUAGUGUGUUUAAUCACAAAGAACAACAACAUUGUUAAAAUUGUUCUUUGGGUGCUCUUCGUUUUUCUAGCUUCUACUGUUCUUAAAAUAUCUGUUGUUCUUUGAGUGCUCUUCGUUUUUGUUGUUUCUAAUGUUCUUAAAAUCACUGUUCUUGUUUGAGUGUUCUUGUUUUUGUAAUUCUAUUGUUAUUUCCCUUUUUUUUUC